AUGACCAUGUAUGGUGAUGAAGUUGGUAACUUUUCGACGACAUGUUCCGGUCAACUUCAAACGUUCUAUUACAUAGAACAAAUAGCUCCAACAUCAACCACAGCUCCUGAAACAUUUUCGACAACUACUCAAACUGCUACUACAUCAGACUUUAUCUACAAAUUGAUUACCGACGAAUCAAAGAUACCCAGUUAUGCAAUGUAUUUACUACCACCAACAAACUCGUCUAAUGUAGAGCAAACCACAGAUACCAGCACAGAUACAACGUCAAGUACUGAAUACACGAAUACCAUAUCAGAUAUUCGUCCAACACUUACUGAUAUAAUGAACACAACUAUGUAUAAUUCUUAUCACGAUACCACAUCUGUUAAUUUAUCAGGCACUUUUACUGACUUCAUGUCAUCAUCAACAGCAUCAACUAUAUUAGAUACUAGUACUGCAUUUGUCAUUGUACCAACAUCUACUAACAUUACCACUUUAGCAUCAUCAACAGCAGUCAUAACUACAACACCUACUGCUUUACAAACUCUAUAUCCCUACACAACUACUUCAGCAACAACAGCGUCUGACUCGAACACCACAUCCACUACGUUUACAACUACACCCACACCUACUACCAGCUUUUCAAUGUAUUUGACCACCACACCUACACCUACCACACUUACCACACCUACAGCUACCACACUUACCACACCUUCACCUACCACACUUACCACACCUUCACCUACCACACUUACCACACCUAUCACACUUACAAUACCUACUACAACUACAACAACAAACACAUCAACCAAACAAAUUACCAUAUAUACCUCUAGUUAUACAACAUCUUCAUCUAUUUUAGCAACCACGAUACUGACCACCAUCACUUUUCAAACAUCAUCAUUAUCAAACUACACAACUACUGCAACUACUACGACUGUUGUAAAUACUGAUCUAAAGCCAACAGAAAGCAACAAAACUACAACAAUAAUCAUCAGUGUAUGUGUUGUUGGUGCUGUGGUCAUUGUUGUAUGUAUUAUUGUUGUCAUUCUUGUCUUGAGAUGUCAAAAGAAAAGACGUGAUCGAUCACAUAUCAAAUCUGUAGUUGUGACGUCAGCAGAUCUUACUGAAAACAAAGUUAUCAAAAACGUUAGUUUUAAUGCACGAUCAUCACAUGGAUUAAAUACGAACCAUGCUGUAGUUACGACUCCUGUUGUCUUAGCGACGGAUGAAAACAGAAGCAUUUCGCAAACAGAACAUCACAUUGGAUUUCUUGAAGAUGGUUAUAUGGCGUUUACAAACGAGAUCGAAAAUGCCAAAACAUCUUCAGAUAACAUUAUAACAAUUGACCAAAAUGAUGGUAAUAUAAUGUCAAGUUAUUAUAUAAACAGCACAGUCAUUAAUCAAAUUCCGCCAAUUAGUAUGGAAUCAAGACAUCUUGACAGCAAUCACUCCUCACGAACCGAAUACGAAAGACUAGGGGAAGAACGACGUGAUUUUCAAAACCCUUACCAAAAGUUACUGCCAGUAGAACAAGAACAACAACUCGUGCUGUCAGAUCAAGAGUUAUCUGGCCAUACCUUCUCUCAACAUGCUAUAGGAGAGACAACUCAAACAAAUGUCAUAGCGACAGGUGCAGAUAACUCAGAAAAUAUACAAGGAAGUAAUGAAGUCGGGGUUACUUCCCUCGCACCACACAUAGCAGAAAGUGGCGCUGACAUUCAAAGAGAUAGCAUGGGCUAUACUCUUCCAUUAAUUACUAAACACCAAUACCUUGUGUAG